CUUCCAGCUGCGGGGAAUUCAGGCCAUCCAUCCAUCCAUAGCUUAAUCUUUCAGCUCCGGCAUUUCACUCACCUCUCGAUUCCCUUUCCUUCUCCACACCCAUUCAAUUCUUUUCUCUUUCCCUUAACACCCCCCUUCACGUAUCAAGCUCCACACCUCCUACCAAAAUGACCUCCACCUCAAUCUCCCUGUGGGAGAGAGUAGACCUCAUGCAUGCUCAAUUAACCGUUUUGGGCACAGCUCUCUAUACUGCCGUCACAGGUAUCUUCCGAGGCCAAAGCGGCGCAUCAGGAUACGGGCUCCACGUCGGCAACGCAGCGUUGAGAAAACUGUGCAAUAGACUGAGCGCAGAACAGUUCCAAUACAUGAAUGGCCCCACAAGGUCCGUCUACGAGACAGCCCUACAGAAAAAGGGACUCCAACCCGAGACAGUCCCUCUCAACCAUGGUGCACAAGGCCACUGGAUCGGAAACAAGAAUGCCAAAAAUGUGGUCAUUUAUUACCAUGGCGGCGGAUUCGCCGUGCCCUGCGCAGCGGGCCAUAUUUCCUUCUACGGCGACUUGGUCAACACCUUCAACGCAGAAGGCCACGACGUAGCCUUCUUCAUCAUAACGUACAGCCUCACCCCGCACGCCGUCUACCCAACUCAGCUCCGGCAGGCUGUGGAAGCCCUCCGCUACAUCCUCACCGAGACAAACCGUGACCCGGCCAGCGUGGUUGUCGCCGGCGACUCCGCAGGUGGAAACCUAGCCCUAGCCGUCCUCCUGCAUCUGUCACACCCGCAUCCAGAUAUCGAGCCUCUGUGCGACGUAGCGCCCUUGGCGGGGUUGUUUGCCUUCGCACCGUGGGUGAGUUUCGUCUAUGAGGGCACCUCCAUGCAGGAGAAUCAGUAUAAGGAUAUGAUUGGGCGGGAGAUUUUGGACCGGUGGUCGCGCAUGUAUUUGGGCGCGGAUGGGAAGAAGGGCGAUGCGUGGAGUGAGCCUAAUCGGGCACCGAUUGAAUGGUGGAGGAACGCGAAGGUGAAGGAUGUCUUGAUUUUGGCAGGGAGGGAUGAGAUCUUGUUCGAUCCGAUUGAUGCCUUUGUGAAGAAGUUCCAGUCGGUUGUACCGAACACGACAUAUCUGGUAGGGCAUGGGGAGACUCAUGUUGCACCGGUUUACAGCGCUGGUUUUAUUGGAAAGGAGACCCAGCAGGGGAACGGAUUGAAGGAGUGGUUGCGGUCUCGUCUCUAGGGCGUUAGCUGAGCAGCCAUCAUCCUGGUAUCUAUAUACAUUUGAAUAUCUAGCCUCGUAGAUCUGCGAGUCAGAAGCGGGAGGGAAACACUCAGAGCGCAUGCACUACA